AUGCGUGCGGCGAGAUUUUACGGGAAAGAAGAUAUCAGAGUGGAGGAGGUCGAGGUCGACCCGUGCGGAGAUGGCCAAGUUAGAGUCGCACCGAGCUACGUCGGAAUCUGCGGCACGGACCUACACGAAUUCCUCGGCGGACCCACAUUUGCUCCCGUAACACCACAUCCUCUAAGUCACGAUAGCGUCCCCAUCACUCUCGGCCACGAGUUCUCCGGAGUUGUUAGCGAAGUCGGUCCCGGCGUGUCGCAGUUCAAACCCGGUCAACACGUUGUAGUGCAGCCGACUUUGUCAUGUGGUAGCUGUUCGGCGUGCAGCUCCGGAGCAGAAAAUGUUUGUGAAAAGGGCGGUUUCAUCGGAUUAUCGGGUGGUGGAGGUGGGCUCAGCGACUCGGUGGUCGUCUCUCAGGGAUCGGUGCUGAGCUUGCCUGAGCAGAUACCGCUCAAAAUUGGCGCAUUGGUCGAACCUCUCUCGGUUGCAUGGCACGCCGUAUCAGCUGCUUCUUUGGUCCCCGAUUCCACCGUCUUGAUUCUCGGAGGAGGUCCUAUCGGAUUAGCCGUGGUGCAGUGCCUGGUGGCAUUGAAGACCAAGAAAAUCAUCAUGAGCGAGGUGUCGAAAACUAGACAGCGGUUCGCAAGGGAAUUCGGCGCACACCAUGUUUUGGAUCCGAAGACGUACGAUUUGGUAGCUAUUUCUCGAGAGCUAAGUGGGCGGGGCGGCCCUGAUGUGGUUUUCGACUGUGCUGGUGUACCUGCGAGUCUAGUGACCGCGUGUCAAGCCGUAAAACCGCGAGGAACUGUCGUCAAUGUUGCAAUCUGGGAGAGAGAGGUACCGUUCCAGCCUAACAUGUUGGUAUUCAAAGAAGCGCAUUAUACUGCAGUUCUUGGCUAUCAGAGAGAGGAUUUCCAGGCUGUCAUCGAUCAUCUGGCCACAGGGACUUUAAAGCCCGAGAGGAUGAUAACAAGCACUAUACCAUUGAAUGACUUAGUGGAAGGAGGUAUCAAAGCUCUGAUCAAUGACAAGGAGAGUCAUGUGAAGAUACUUGUGGAAGUGGGAGGGGGAUAG